AUGGCUGGAUUUGUGAAUCCAUUUCGCCCGAAAAUGUUGCAUCGAUCACAAACAUUGAACGAAGCGACGCUACUACCAGAGAGGAAACGUUUCGCGCUUAGCUUUGGCCUUCACUCAAGUGUUAAUCGCUCUUUGGACUCGAGUGAUUCGGACGAUUCGGUAAUCGAAGAGAAAAGCUUCAUCUGGGAUUGGCCUUUCUCAGCGGAUAGAAUCGCUCAAGGAAUGUACACAAAAGAGAAAUUCGUUGUCAUUCUCCCAUUCAACAAGGGUGGCACUGGAGACAAAAAUGGAACGACAAAAAAGUUUGAAAGAAUAGCGGAAAGCAAUUUCUCUUGGUCACUCGGGUUGAGCAGAGACGACAAGCUGCAGUCGACUUGCUUCUGGCGGCUUGAGAUCGAGAUUCAGAGAGAUCUCAACGCGCUCGUUUUAGUGGCAAGCCGAGAUAUCAGUCGAUACGAUGACAAGACAAAGCGAUUGAAGCGUUGCCGAAAAGUUUAUCGGCUACCCGAGUACUACGAUGUGGCCACAACGACGACAACAAUGUUCGAUUGGGCGGUGGUGAUCGAGGCAAAGAAGCGGCAAAUCAACAGACCGAUGUUGCGCCGUGAAUCCACCCUUACC